GAGCCGGCGGCCGGUGAGAUCCAGGCCGAUGAGACCCAGGCCGGUGAGAUCCAGGCCGGUGAGAUCCAGGCCGAUGAGACCCAGGCCGGUGAGAUCCAGGCCGGUGAGAUCCAGGCCGAUGAGAUCCAGGCCGGUGAGAUCCAGGCCGAUGAGACCCAGGCCGAUGAGAUCCAGGCCGGUGAGAUCCAGGCCGGUGAGAUCCAGGCCGAUGAGACCCAGGCCGGUGAGAUCCAGGUGGCCGAUGAAAUACAUGCGGCUGGCGAAACACUUCCUUCAGCCGAUGAUACCCCGGCCGAUACACUUCCUUCAGCCGAUGAUACCCUGGUCGACGAUACCCCGGCCGACGAUACCCCGGCC